UUCUUCCUUUCUAUCUUGUAGCCCCACUCUCAGGUUGUCUAUAAAUUGGACAUGCACGCAAGACUAUUGGAUGAAGCAAAAAACAAAGAACCCUGCCUAGAAAAAAAAAUGGAGUACUCUAAUGGAUUCCCUAGAAAAAGAGAUGUUUCUCUUCAGGAACUUAGCAAAAGGCUUGCUGAGUUUGCUGAAGUAAGAGGAUGGGAUCAAUAUCACAGUCCCAGAAAUCUUCUUUUAGCUCUUGUGGGAGAGGUGGGAGAGCUUUCUGAGAUCUUCCAGUGGAAAGGAGAGGUUGCAAAGGGAUUGCCCAAUUGGAGUUCUGAUGAUAAGGAGCACUUAGAGGAAGAGCUUUCAGAUGUUUUGCUUUAUUUAGUGCGUCUUGCUGAUGUUUGUGGGCUAGAUCUUGGACAGGCUGCUCUGACUAAAAUAGUGAAGAAUGCUCAGAAAUACCCAGUUACUAGUACUAAUUAAUCACACCAGCAAUUCCACUUACAACUAGCAAUUAAGCUGUUAAUUUCUCAGUCUUUUUCUUCAUGUACUAGUAUGCUUUAAUUUAGUGCUACCUACCCGAAAAAAUAAUUGCAUCUAUGUAUCUUCUCUUGGUUUUAGUUUUGAAACUGAGUCCACUGCCACUUAAUUCAAUCCUUACCGUGUAAGAAGAUGAAACCUUAAUUUAAAGAAAAAAAAUUUAAGUAUUUGAUAA